UUGAAUUGACAACCGAAUGACAAUACACGAUUUCCAAGAAAAUGAUACAAUAGUAAAUUCAGGAAUAGAUCUGUUGAAAAAUUCUAUUAUUUACAAUGACUUACAAUAAUUCCGUCCUCAUUGGAAAUUGGAGUGAGGAAAGGCUAAAAAAUGAGUACGAAUUCAAAUUAUUUUUAAGAAAACGUGACCGGCGUGAAUUAUUGCUUCAGAGGUCAAGGACUUUAUUUAGCAAUUUACUAAAGGAGAGACCUCUCGCAAUUAGCGGUACUUACGUUUUGUAUGGAUUUAACGUACAAUUAGUCGCGUCUGAUAUGCCAGCGAAAGCGCAGAUUGUCGAUGGAAAGAGACAGUAUGGCUUGGCAAUGUCCAUUUUGGUGAGAGAACGACAAGUGGAUUACAUGCAGAAUAUAUCAGAUGGUUGUCUAAUGACGCUGUCACCGAUCACCACUCCUUGCUGUCGAAAUACAUUCGUAAUAAUCAGUGCUAAGGAUGAAAGCAUUCGCGGCGAGAAAAUGGAUUACGGUGAUGAGUUCCUGUUAAGAGCUGAGAAUUAUGGAGAUCCUACGGCAGUACCUCUGUAUGUUCGGUACACGCCGUCCUGUACGCCAGCUCCCUCGGAGCGCAUGCCGAUACGCCUGAGUGCCGUCAAAGACAGCAACUGUCGCUUUACAACCGUCCCCCUGCUGCCAUGUGACCGUCUUGAAAUGCUGGGCAGCCCUGUUAAGACUGGCGCCAGACUUAUUAUAAAAAAUUGUGUCGCAGACAAGAGUUUGUGUGUUAUGAAUCAAAAUUGGAUGCAAACAUUCUUUGGACCUGAGUGUGGUGUCACUUGCCGAAACUACAUAGACCUUCACGGAAGAUUUACCGCUGAAAACGUAUUCACUCUGGUCAGCGACGUUGAGACGAAGACAAAAGACUGAAAUAUAAAAAUGCCUGCGUUUCAGCAUUUUCUACAUUCAGUUUUAUUUUUUCGGUAAAAAAUCUAUUUU